GGGCGUUCGCGGGGCCGGAGGUCUGAGCCAGAGCUGGGAGCCCUGCGACAUGGAGUGCUGGCCGGUUCUGCUGCUCUGGGGUCUCCCCCAGAUGUGGGCAAGUCCUGACGCUCUGCCACCUCCCGGCUCCUCAGAUCACCACUUUUUGCCCCCGCCUCCAAGCAGCGCCCCCCUCCGCUUCCUCCAGAUCUCCUCCUUUGCCAACAGCAGCUGGACGCGCACUGAUGGCUCUUUCUGGCUGGGGGCGCUGCAGACCCACUCUUGGAGCAAUGGCUCAGACAUCAGCUUCCUGAGGCCCUGGUCCCAGGGCAAGUUAAGCAACCAUCCGUGGGAGCAGCUGCAGCAAGUGUUCUGGGUGUACCGGAGCAGCUUCACCAGGGAAAUCCCGGGAUUCGCCAAAAUGCUGCACUUGGACUAUCCCUUUGUGGUCCAGGUGUCCGCUGGGUGUGAGGUGCACCCUCGAAGGCCCCUAAAAACCUUCUUCCACUCAGCAUUUCAAGGAAGCGAUAUAUUGAGUUUCCAGGGAACUUCUUGGGUGCCAGCCCCCGAUGCCCCACAUGGAGCUGAGGUGGUCAGCAACGAGCUCAACAAGGACCUAUUAGUCAAGAGCACAUUAGAGUGGUUCCUCAAUGUCAUUUGCCCCCUAUUAGUCACGGGCCUCCUUGAAGCAGGAAAGCAGGAUCUGGAGAAGCAAGUGAAGCCCGAGGCCUGGCUGUCCAAUGGCCCCCCUCCUGGCCCUGGCCGUCUGCUGCUGGUGUGCCACGUCUCAGGAUUCUACCCAGAGCCUGUGUGGGUGAGGUGGAUGCGGGGGCAGCAGGAGCAGCCGGGCGCUCAGCAAGGGGACGUCCUGCCCAAUGCUGACGAGACCUGGUAUGUCCGAGUGACCCUGGACGUGGCGGCUGGGGAGGCAGCCGGCCUGACCUGCCGAGUGAGACACAGCAGCCUCGGUGGCCAGGACAUCGUCCUCUACUGGGCAGAGGGGAGUCAUGUGCCGGUGGGCUGGAUCGUCGCAGCAGUACUGGCAUCCCUCCUUCUGGUAGGCGGAGGCGUAACCUUCUGGCUUAAGAAGCGCAGGUCAUAUCAACACAUGCUGUGACUGUCCUCACCACACCUGUCUGCAACUCAGGAUCUCAAGUUCCCAGGACUUCGGUACCCAGGAAUUGAGGAUGAAAGAGAGGUGCCUUGAAGAAGCAGAGAACAAUCACAAGACAGCUCGCAUCACACCCCUUGGCUACUUUAAGAGAAUUUAAGCAUCCUGCCUGUUUAGAAGCUCACGUGGUUCUUAAGAACAGAAAUGCAAACUCAGAUACCUACCAGGGACAAGCAGAGAAGGGCCAAAGCGCGGGCACCUGUGGCCAUUGUUUAAACGCUGGAGUCUGCAGAGACCUGGAAAGCCCUUGUCCUGUCCAGGGGAAGCAGGUCCAGCUGCUUGUUGUCAAAUAGGAAGUCAGACCCUGGGUUGGCUGUGACCUACAUUUUUCAAGAAGAGCGGAAGUCUGGAUUUUCAUGUGAACAUACCUGAUAUUAAAAUAUUGACUCAAACUUUUAUACUAUUUAGGGUGUGGAACCCCAAAUACACCUCUGCUAGUUAACAACAACUUGGGGGGCUUUCAGUUUGUAUCUUUUGAGAAAGCUUGUGGUGAAUGUCAAUAUUGGCAGUUUGAGGACAUAUUUCUAUUGUGAAUUUGGAUUUAUACAGGGAUAUUUCAUCUUUAAAAAGAAAGGUCAAAGAAACAGGCAUCUCAAGCUUUCAUGUAACUUGAUUAAAAGAGGAGAAAUCGUAGAGUAUGUGUAUGAUAUGGAAAAAAACUACUUUGGGGAUGCCGGAAUCCGGUCCAUCCUUGCUGCUUGACACAGCCGCUGCAGGAUAGAAACAUCUGCACAGCAUAUGUUUCAAGGGACCUGGUGUAUAUAGCAUACUGUUCUUAAUAUGUUUGUUCCCCUUAGCACU